GCGAAAGGGCAAGUCAGUAGGCAGUCGGAACUGACCUUCAGCUUCUCUCCUGGACUGACCGCACCAGAAAAGUCUGGCUUGUCGUUCCCUAGACGAGGAGCGUGAGAAACACACACACACCACAAUGAAACCACCACUCGGCGCCUCGACAUCCCCAUCCAUCCCUUUCUUCCCUUCCCCGUCUCCCUCCUUCUCUUCUCCUCUCCCUCCUUCCAUCUUCCUUCCCCAUCACCAUCAUCAUCCUCACCCUCAACUCCACCUACACCACCACCGCCCUAUCCUCACCACCGGAGUAUGUCACCAGCGCCUCACGUCCACUGCCUCCCUCUUCAGCCCUGCCAGACUUUCGCCUCUCUCUGACCGAGUCUCGCCGCCGCCCACGACUAACACCACCACCGUUCAUCCGGUUCCCUUCCAUCCCACCAACCAAUCCCUCAACACCCACGUCACGAUCGUCACUUAAUUCUUCUACCUCCUCGCCUCAACUCAGUCUUGCGGCUUUUAUUAAUCCUCACCCACCUCACCUUCGCCUACGUUUGGCCGUGGUCUCUGCCUAAACAACCCGAUCGGGGGG